AUGGCGGGGACGCCUACGGAUAUCAGCCUUGGGCUGGAGCAGCUACACGGCAUGCUGCACACCAUUUUGCACUCGACGGACAACAACGAGCGCCGCAGCGUGGAGUCCACUGUUGUGCGUGCGCUCAACGCCUCUUCCAACCUCAUGCUCUUGGUGCGUUUGGUGCAGGAUGUGCAAUCGGUCUCCGCCGGGGUUCGACAACUCGCUGCGGUGCUUCUGCGAAAGAAGAUAUUUUCACUCUGGCGCGCAAUCCCAGUGGGAUCGCGGGCGGAGCUGAAACAUGUUCUUUUGGCGCAACUUGGCAUCGAGCCUGUGCGUGUGGUGCGGUUUGCGCUGGCACAUGUAAUUUCCCGCCUGGCGAGGGCCGAAUUUCUGGAACCGGUUGAGGGAUGGCCAGAGUUGCAAGUGGCGAUUCGCACGGCAAUGGAGGACCCACGCGGGGACAUGCGGGAGUUGGCGAUGGUACUGGCGUACAGCAUAGCGGAGGUGGUGGGGGAGUGCGGUGAUCUCAACACGCUGGUCACGGAGGCGGUUCUUCAGGGCAUGACGGACGCCGAGGUGAGUGUGCAGCGGGCUGCGUUGAAGGCGAUGGGGGCGUUGCUGCUUUUUGUGGACGCGCAGGAAGAGGACAGAGUUGUGGUGGAAAAAAAGAAGCAUGAACGGGGAAAAUUGUUGCAGCACCUCAUACCGCGUUGCUUGGAGCUUUUGGCGGUAUAUGGGCCUCUGGAAGAGGGGACAAAUAUCUGCGUGGACGUAUUGGAUCUCCUUGAGCAGCUGGUGGAGGAUUUGAGCGUUAAGAAACAUGAAGGGAUUCUCCGCACCUUGGGACUUGAGAUGAUUUCAGUACUUUGCAACACUGUGAACCGGCCGCGUGUGCGGCAGAAUAGCAGUGAGGUUCUAGUAACUCUGGUGAAUUUGAAGCCCAAGUUUGUGACAACAACACUGCUGGAGCCCAUGGUUUCGGCAUGUGUACAAGUCAUGGGUGAGGAUGGCACUAUUUCGCUCCCCGAAGAGGUUACACGCCUGGAGGACUCGGAAAUGGACAUUAAGAACGACAACAAUGAUGAAGAUGCCGAGAUGCUACACGUGAGCCCACCUUGUAUGUACGCCGGACGUCUUUUAAGUACUCUCGCAACAAAAGUAUCUGCCAAAGCGUUUACCAAUGCGUUGUUACCGUUUGUUUUGCGCGUUUCUGAAAACAUGCAGGGAGGUCCUCUUGAGCGCAAGGCGGCCAUUCUUUCCCUUGCCUGCCUGGCGGAGGGCAACCCGGGCUAUUUGCGACGCAAAGUACAAUACGUGUUGAAGCUAACGCAUGACUUUUUGUGCGACAGCAAUCCUAUUCCACGCGAGGCUGCUGCCUUUUCCCUUACAUAUUUCUGCACGCAUCUUCAGCCGGAGGUUCUUACGCACCAUCGGGAGCUAUUUCAUAUGCUUGUGCCGCUGCUUCGUGAUGAGAAUGAUGGGGUGUGUCGUCGUGUGGCUGGAGCAAUUGACACACUAUGUGAAAAUGUUUUAGAGGAUGUGGAACCAUAUGUUUCUUUGGUGUUGCCGGCUGUGUUAGAGGCCAUUGGGCGCAGUUCUCUGGAAACACAAAGGGCACUCUGUGGCGUGAUAUCAUCCUUGGCCAGUACUCGAUGUCCAUCGUUUCAGGUUCAUGCCGCUCAGUGCCUGGAGCUCCUGAAGACACCGCUCACCAUGACCUCGCCAGAGACGGUGCUGCUGCGAGCAAAGGCGACGGAGGCAGUGGGAAUCAUUGCAAAUGCCAUUGGGAAGGAGAAGUUCAUGCCGUUCUUCUCAUUUUUUUUUGAUCGUGUUGCGGAUAAUUUCCAUACCCGUCAGGCUGAGCUGCGGGAGGAGAGCUUUGGUUUCCUGUCCAACAUUUGCGAGGUCCUGCGUGUGGAUUUUAUUCCCUAUCUCAAUGACUCUAUUGGCUCUGCGUUGCAGACCAUAAACGAGGAUCGAAACCACUACGAAAACAAGCACCUUUUGGCGGAGGGUUGCAUGCGUAAUGUAAAUGUAAAGAAUAGUAAUGCGAAAAACGAUGAUGAGGACAAUGAGGAAUCGGAAGAAGAGAGUGAUGCCGAAGAAAUUUACGCACGUGUGCGGACGGCGGAUGUAGAGGAGAAGAGCAGUGCUGUAUACUUUAUUGGUGUCUGUGCAGAGGUACUUCUUGCGGAUUUUGGCAUGUCAUGGAUAGACGUCUGUUGGUCGGCGCUGAGUGAUUUGGACGCGCACUUCCAUAGCGGUAUUCGUUGCAGCGCCCUCAUGGCACUUGCGAGGCUUACGAAAGCAGCCCAGGGUUCCGAGCCGGUUGUGAUGUCCACAGCACAGGACACACUGACCUCGCAUGCGCGUCGGCUGUUGGACAGUUUGGUGAAUGAAACGCUUCUUCCGUGUAUCCAUGGGGAGAAGGAUAAAGAAGUCGUGGCGUCAGCAUGUGACGCUUUUGCACUCUUGUUUGAUUACUUUGGUCCUCAAACAAUGAUUGCGGGUGUUGAUGUGUUUU